AAAAUUCAUGCUCAAGAUGGCAGUGACAGCCAUCUUGAUGAUCUGUUAAUGGGCCUUAGAGAGCCCAGGCUUUUUCAAUAUUUAUUACAAAGUGAACAAUUACUAUGGAUCCAAGUAUAAAGAGAGAUCUUUAAAGUCAGUUAUAGCCAAUGACUCUCCCUUCCCAGAUUAAAUAGGCUUAUAUCUUUGGAGUUGACUAUGAUGGCAAUCUCUGGAUUGCUGACAAAAACAACCAUGUCUUCAAAUAUAUCGGGCAACAAGUCGGUGCUAUCUAUAUAGUUGCUGGAACAUUUGGAGCCUCCGGGUAUUUUGACGGAAAUGUAGUAAAGUCCUUGUUAAACAAACCUUCUGGUCUAUACAUCUGGAAGUCAAGUAGUCAUAACAAAAUAAGGGCUCAAAAUACAAAACCAGCGUUGUCUUCAGCAGCUGGGGAGAACACAUUUGCAUGUAAAUUUGCGACCAAGGAUAAUUAUACCCUAUGAGGUGACGAAAUCAUUGCGAGUAGUAGGACCAAUAAUGAUGGGCUUACUUCUAACCAGAAGGAGACGAUCCCUAAUGAUGGCAUUGUCAAUGCAAAGAAUGUCCAAAUGAUUAGUAAUUUUCAACAUGAAACUUUAUACUUUACCCUGCCGUCUCAACUAACCGGGACUGAUGUGAUCGGAACAACUUAUGUAUACGUUGCUGAUACUGAAAGUCACUGUAUUCGAAGGAUUUCAUUAUCAAGCUCCCAUGUUGAUACAGUUGCAGGAAUUUGAGGUACCUCAGGCUUCAAAGAUGGCCCACUUGACACAAAUCUCUUUAAUUCUCCAGAACUUGUUUCACUUAAUGCUGAAGGCAAUAUAUUCGUCUUCGAUGAUGGGAACAACUACGUCAGAAUGAUGGAUCUGACAGGUAUAGUUUACACACUCUAUCAAGGUGCUUGUGACCUUGCCUACAAUGAGUACCCACCUGAAAUCCCUUUCGACCUCAAACUUAAGACUCUAAUAUGCUAUAAAGACUGGAAAAAGGUGUAUGGAAAACCUGAUGGACACUAUUAUUCAUCUGCUACAACUUAAAAUUUCUGAUAUGACUUCUAUCUCUACUGUGAAGGUAGACCAAAACACCCUCUGAUACGAAAUGAUACAAUCAUCGAAGGGACCUUCUAGAUACCCAGUGUGUAACAUUCAAC